AUGAUGGAGAGGAGGAUGGACACGGCUCUGCUGGUGCUGUUAAUGGGACACCUCGCCGCGGCGCUGGAGGUCCCACUUGACCCUAAAGUUCUGGAGGAAUUGCCACAGCCACCGACCAUAACUCACCAAUCCCCCAAGGAUUACAUCAUCGACCCCCGGGAGAACAUAGUAAUCCACUGUGAUGCCAAGGGGAAGCCUCAUCCCAGUUUCUCUUGGACGAGAAACGGGACGCAUUUCGACAUCGACGAGGACGCCAACGUGGUGAUGAGGCCUCACUCGGGGACACUGGUGGUGGACAUCAGCAGGGAGAAGGCUGAUCACUACGAGGGGGUGUACCAGUGCACGGCCAGAAACAAACAUGGAACUGCUGUUUCCCACAACAUAGUCAUACGACAGUCCAGAUCCCCCUUGUGGUCAAAGGAGAGGAUCAAGCCAAUCGUCGUUCAGGAGGGCGUAUCCUUGGUGCUGCCGUGUCGACCCCCUGCUGGCCUGCCCCCUCCCAUCAUAUUCUGGAUGGACAAUAACUUCCAGAGGCUGCCUCAGAGCAGCAGGGUGUCCCAGUCCCUGAACGGAGACCUCUACUUCUCCAACGUUCUCCGAGAGGAUUCCAGGAACGACUACAUCUGCUACGCCCGCUUCCCUCACACACAGACAAUCCAGCAGAAACAGCCCAUCACCGUCAAGGUCCUCAACCUGGAAGCUAUCAAUGACACAAUGGCAGCUUUUUACAAUGACACUGAUUUGUUUAGUGAAGACCCGGUGGAUGAGAGGAAGCCGACCUUCCUCAUCCCAUCUGGCUCCUCCAGCUCCCAGACGGUGCUGCGAGGCCAGGUGCUGGAGCUGGAGUGUAUCGCAGAGGGGCUGCCCACUCCGGAAAUCUACUGGACCAAAGUGAGCGGUGAUCUCCCGGCCCAGCGCUGGUCCUUCCUGUACUACAAGAAGAACCUGCGCAUCGUGAACGCCUCGGCAUCGGACGCGGGCGAUUACCGCUGCGGCGCCAAGAACAAGCUUGGCUCGGUGCACCACACCAUCCACGUCUCUGUCAAAGCUUCUCCAUAUUGGAUCAGCGGCGCUCCCAGGAACCUGGUCCUGGCUCCGGGGGAGAACGGCGUGCUGACCUGCAGGGCCAGUGGCACGCCCAAGCCCUCCAUCACCUGGUUGAUGAACGGCAUCCCCAUAGAGAAUUCCCCGAAGGAUCUGAGCAGAAAGGUGGAAGACGACACCAUUAUCUUCACGGACAUACAGAUGGGAUCCAGCGCCGUCUACCAGUGUAACGUCUCCAAUGGCCACGGCUACCUCAUGGCCAACGCCUUCGUCAAUGUCCUCUCGGAGCCACCCAGAGUGCUGACGCCGGCCGACAAGGUUUACCAGGUCAUCAAAAACCACCGGGCCCGGAUAGACUGCGCUUUCUUUGGGUCACCCAUCCCUAAAAUUACAUGGUUCAAAGACAGCCGCUCCAGCACCCUGGACGGAGAUCCGUACAUCCAGCAUGACAACGGCACUUUAGAGAUCCACACAGCUCAGGCCAGAAACAGCGGCAAAUACACCUGCGCCGCCAGAAACAUGCUGGGGAUCUUUGAGAAUCACGUCUACCUGGAGGUCAAAGAGCCCACCCGCAUCCUGAAGCAGCCCGAGUACAAGGUGGUCCAGAGGGGCAGGUCGGUGGUGUUUGAGUGUAAAGUGAAACACGACCCCACACUCGUCCCGACCAUGACCUGGCUCAAAGACGACGGAGAGCUCCCUGACGAUGAGAGAUUAAUCGUGGACUCUGACAGCCUCACCAUCACUGACGUGACAGAGAGCGACGGGGGGGUGUACACCUGCGUCAUGAACACAACUCUGGACCACGACUCGGCCAGCGCAGAGCUCACCGUCGUCGAGGCCACGCCAACUCCAGCUGUUGUCUACGAACGACCUGACCCCCCAACUGACCUGGAGCUGACGGACCAGAAGAAGAGGAGCGUGCAGCUCACAUGGACGCCCGGGGAUGAGCAUAACAGUCCAAUUCAGAAAUUUCUGAUCCAGUAUGACGACUCUCUGCACCACCGAGGUCACUGGCACAACCUCACCGAGGUCCCUGGAACCAGGACGACUGCUCACCUCAAGCUGUCUCCCUACGUCCACCACACCUUCAGGGUUUUGGCUCUCAAUGCCAUGGGCUUCAGUCGGCCCAGCUUCCCCUCCAGGAUGUUUAAGACAGAACCUGCAGCUCCAGACGAGAACCCUAAAGAUGUUGAGGGAUUUGGAACAGAGCAUGACAAUCUUGUAAUCUCAUGGAAGCCGCUGACAGGGCUCCAGUCUAAUGGCCCUGGGCUUCGUUAUCGAGUGAUGUGGAGGCAGAAGGCAGUGGAAAGUGAUUGGAGCACAGUGACUGUUUCCAAUAACUCCCGGUUCGUGGUGUCGGGAACGCCCACGUUCGUGCCAUACGAGCUCAAGGUUCAGGCUGUGAACGACCACGGAGUUGGACCUGAGCCUGAUAUCGCCCACGGCUACUCAGGAGAGGACUUGCCGGUAGCAGCUCCAGAAAACGUUCAGCUGGUGGUGCUGAACAGCACUCUGGCCGAGGUGCACUGGGAUCCUGUGCCUCAUAAAUUAAUACGUGGGCAUCUAAAAGGAUACAAGGUGUACUACUGGAAAGAGCGCAGUCUCCACAAACACAACCCCUUCCACAUGGAGAAGCUGAUCCUGAUGUUCAGUGGGAACCACAGCCACGGCAUGGUGCCCGGCCUGCACCCCUUCAGCCUCUACUCCUUCAACGUCAGAGUGUAUAACGGCAAAGGGGAGGGUCCUGUGAGCCCCACCCAGCAGUUUGAGACACCAGAAGGAGUACCUGGAGCUCCUACUUCCCUGAUAGUCACCAACUCCAACCUGGACACCUUAACCCUUGAAUGGAGUCCUCCCCACGAUCGCAAAGGCCGCAUCACUGGCUACACCCUCAAAUAUCAGCCAGUCAAUAACUCCAAUGAGCUGGGCCCAGUGGAGGAGCUGGCCCUGCUCGCCAAUGAGACUUCAGUCACUUUGCCCAACCUCAAGUACAGCACGCGCUACAAGUUUUAUUUGAAUGCCAAAACAGUCAAGGGAGAGGGCCCAGUCAUUUCUCAGGAGGCUGUCACCAUCGUGGAUGAAGGAAGCACCCAAUCCUCUCAUCCCAUUGCACAGGCUCCUCCGCGCCGCCCCCCCAACGAGGCACUGCCGGUGAGUCCUUUCGGGAACGUUAGUUCCUCGGUUGGAGAGGACGGGGCCCUCAUCAGUUGGGAGUACUGGGGCCCGGAGAAAAACGUUUAUGUAGAGUACAUUGUAGAAAACAGUGAAGGCGAACAGGAAUGGCAGAAAGAGCCGGUGAACGGCUCUCAGAACGUUGUGCUGAAGGGCUUAAAGGGGGGCCUCUCCUAUAGGGUGCGCUUGGUGGCCAAAGGUCACCACGACCAGCCGCUCCACCACUCCGAGGAGCUGCUGGUCACGGUUCCAGCUGUGGCGAGCAGACAGGUGGACAUCGCCACUCAGGGAUGGUUCAUCGGCCUCAUGUGCGCCAUCGCUCUGCUCAUCCUGAUCCUCCUCAUCAUCUGCUUCAUCCAGAGGAAUAAGGGAGGGAAAUACCCUGUCAAAGAGAAGGAGGACGCACACACAGACCCAGAGUUCCAGCCCAUGAAAGAAGACGACUGCACUUUUGGGGAAUACAGUGACAAUGAGGACCAUAAGCCGUUAAAAGGGAGCCGCACGCCGUCUAACGGGACAGUUAAGCGGGACGACAGUGACGACAGUUUAGUUGACUACGGGGAAGGAGGAGACGGACAGUUCAACGAGGACGGCUCGUUUAUCGGCCAGUAUAGCGGGAAGAGCGGCAGCAGGGACACGGCGGUGGGCCACGAGAGCUCGGAGGCGCCGUCCCCCAUUAACGCCAUGAACUCCUUGAACUCAUUUGUGUAG